AUGACUUCAAAGACCAGUAAAAUUAUUAAAGGCACAAAGGUCAGUGAGAGGCCUACAACACGAGCGUCAACGAGGACUGAACUUCCUUUUAAAUGCGACACUGACUCUGAGAAGUCACAAAUAAUUUUCACAAACAAACCAGCUGAUACUGUUACGCCGUCGGCGACUAUAUCUGCAGCGACAACGCGCGCUAGUUCUGUCGACCCUCCGCGACAACUCUCAGAGAGUUUAACGAAGGUUAAGAGGCGGAAUUGCCAAAGUAACAAAAAAGACGGAGUGGUUCACAAAAAAUCCAGUAAGACAAAGAAAGCUACUGGAAAGACCAUCGAGAUAGAUUACUCUAGUCACCCAUCAGACGAUGAAGAUGAUUUGGCAAAAAAGCGCGCAUACCGGGCUAUAGAAAAACGUGCCCGAGAAAAGGUUUGUGAAUUUAUUAAUAUCAAGGCUAGUGUUUUGGCUUAUAAAAAGAAGGAACUUGAAGAUGAAUACCUAUCGUUAAUCGAGAAGACACAUCCCGCAUAUGUGGAAACUAUAGGGAGAUUGGAUGAAGAACAUCAAAAAAUGCAGCAGCUUCUUGAAAACAAUCGUUUACUAGAGAUUCAACAAAGUCAAAAUUUGUAUGAAUCACAAGUUUCGCAAAUACGUCACGUAGCUUUGCAUGAAAGACGCAUUGCAAGAGAAGCUAUUUUACAUGAUAUAGAAGUCAGGAAAUAUAAACUAAUAAAGGAACAUAAGGACCUUGAUAAAAAAGACCCUAGGGAUCAUAUGAUUGAUUUGGUUGUGAGAGAUGGUCAAACUCAACCAGCAUUAACAAGUGUUGAAAAUAGUCAGCAUC